UCUCCCUCUUCUUCUCACUUGGGAUCGCCUUAGAUCAACCCCGUGAUGAUGCUGAGCAGAGCCGUCACCAUGCUGUCGUGCAGCUGCAGGCUGCUGCUGCUGCUGCUGCUGCUGGGCUGCUCCCUGUGCGGAGCCUCCCUGGCCGAGAUGGUGUUCCGCUGCCCGAGCUGCAGCGCGGAGCGCCAGGCGCUCUGCCCGCAGCUCACCGAGCCCUGCGCGGAGAUCGUGCGGGAGCCGGGCUGCGGGUGCUGCCCCGUGUGCGCCCGGCGAGAGGGCGAGACGUGCGGCGUGUACACCCCGAGGUGCUCCACCGGUCUGCGCUGCUACCCGACGCCCGACUCGGAGCUUCCCCUGGAGCAACUGGUGCAGGGCCAGGGCCAGUGCCGGCGCAAAGUGGACGUGGAGACGGCCACUUACAGCCAGGAGCACCGGGAGCAGACCAGCGGUGAGGCUGUGGAAUUGCAGCCAGAUCUGGGCGUGAGCGCGAUCCCGACCAUUCGAAAGCCCAGCAAAGAGACGGCCUGGCUCGGGCCCAAAGAGAGCGCUGUACGCCAGCACAGGCAGGAGAUGAAGACCAAAAUGAAGACCAACAAGGUGGAAGAGGUGAAGUCUACUCGGCCCAAACAGACUCUGUGUCAGCAGGAGCUCGACCAGGUUCUGGAGCGGAUAUCCAAGAUGCCCUUCAGAGAUAACCGAGGUCCCCUGGAAGACCUGUAUGCCCUGCAUAUCCCCAACUGCGACAAGAGGGGGCAGUAUAACCUCAAACAGUGCAAGAUGUCGCUCCAUGGUCAGAGGGGCGAGUGCUGGUGCGUCGACCCACACACCGGCCGAUCCAUCCCAUCGGCGCCAACUGUGAGGGGAGACCCCAACUGCAGCCAGUACCUCAGAGAGCUGGAGCUGGAGCUCCCCGGCACGGCCCAGAUCUAGUGUGGCAUGACAAAACAAAACUGUAAAAGUACUUGGGAACAAAGAACAUCUCAGUAAGCUAUAAGCUAUAUCUUUUUGUGUUUUAUGUCUCUAGUUCAUUUGAUGACGUUUGAAAUCUUAACCACCAAAAAGGAUUACAUGAUAGAAUCCGACUCAUUGCAUAAGAUAUAAGUGCAGAUUCUAGUAAAGAUUAGAUUCCUUUCCUCGCUGGCUUUAAAGCUGGAGUGUCAGUAACGCUGCUUUAGUAAUUGUGACUUUGCUUAUUUUGUGCUUGUUUUAAGUAUUUUUUGUUAUUUUUGUGUUUAGAAUUUUGAAAAAGAAAGAUCUGUUGGAUGUUUUUAGGUGUGUUUCCAUGCUCUCGCUUGCAGACUACUGUGGCACCUCAUGCUAUAUUCUCGGCUUUGAGUAUGCCUGGCUUUUCAUACAGUGUUGAAAAUAAAAUGUACUGUAGUACAUGUUGGGAGUGGUAAAUGUUCGGCAAAAGGACAUGACAUCGUAAAAAGAUGCAAAUAAAAUAAAAUGUAUUCAAUUUGUG